AUUUCACGAAAACCCCAAAGCUUUCGUUCACUUUUUGGCAAUCGAGAGAUUUAUCAGAAAAAUUGUCACCCCUUGGAGACGACAAUGCAGAGGUUUUGUACAAAGCUACGUUCCAUUUCUCUCCAAUCUAAUCGGAAUCUCUCUUUUGCCACUGCUCCUCGCCGUCUGAUUCACCCUUCUCCGAGUCGCCACUUAACAACCCUAGGUUUCGCCAAUACGACCAAAUGGAGCUUCCUUCCCGCCGCCGGAGUCUCUCCUCCGUUGAGUGUCAGCCCCAUGGGUUCUACCUUUGUUCCUCACCACUUUGUUCAAGUACGGAAUAUCACUUCCAAGGAAAAAAUGGCAAAAUGGAAGAAGAAGUGGAGACCUAGGACUCCAAUCACAUCAAAAGUCAAGAAAGUCAAGAUUAAGUUUUAUUCGUCAUUCAAAGACAGGUUUAAACCACUAAAUGAUGGUACCAUUCGUCGCUGGAAAGAAGGAAAGCGCCACAACGCACACUUGAAGUCAAAGAAAUCGAAGCGUAGAUUGAGACAGCCUGGAUUAGUACCACCAGCGUAUGCCAAAGUAAUGAAGAAACUCAAUUUCUGCAACUGAGAGAUAGAGAAAGAGUCAGUAUGAUUACGAUGAAAGGCAGUCUCUUUNUUUUUUUUUUUUUUUUUUUUUUUUUUCUACGAGAUAAUUCUGCUCGCUGGUACCAGAAAUUUAAUCAUACUCAUAGUUCUUUAUGCUUCAGUUUUAACCUUAACCACCAAAGGAAUAAAUUGGCAUUUUGGUCCGUUUCCUAAGGGUUUGGUAUUUGAACUCUGGUGAAAUUGGCAUUUAGACUUUGAUCAAUUUCGUUGAAUUGAAAAGAGAAACAAGUUUAGUCUCUCUCUAUAUCA